CAGUCAUCUGGAGUGCAAGUCGACCAAGAUGUCAUCGGUGCCUUUAAGGAAAUCAAGUCGAAAAAGUCGCACGCAUAUGUGGUCAUGAAAAUCGAAGACAAAAAGAAGAUUGUUGUCGAGAAGCGAGGAUCCAAACUGCCCCCGAAUUGCUCUCAGACACGGAAUGAGGAAAUUUUUAACGAGAUGAAAAACUCCUUGGGCGAGGAACCGCGCUAUAUAGUUUUUGACUUCUGUUUCACUCGGUCAAACCAGACCGUUUCACAGCCGAAGCUAACCUUUANAGGAUCCAAACUGCCCCCGAAUUGCUCUCAGACACGGAAUGAGGAAAUUUUUAACGAGAUGAAAAACUCCUUGGGCGAGGAACCGCGCUAUAUAGUUUUUGACUUCUGUUUCACUCGGUCAAACCAGACCGUUUCACAGCCGAAGCUAACCUUUAUCAGCUGGUAGGGCACGAUCUACAGUAAAACUGCAUCAACUCGAACUCUGAAGAGAAACGAAAAACUGUUUGAGUCAGAGUGGGUUCGAGUUAUUGGGUCGGCGCAUUGAAAAAUUCAAUUUGCCAUGUUAAAAUUGAUAGUUACUGAUUUCUCAGUAAUUUAUUUUAUGGUGCAGUGCAAAUUUUAAUACUCAUUUCACAGUAACGUGAUUAGGCAUUUUUAUGAUAAAACGUGGUCUGUUCGUUUCACCAAUUAAGUCAGUCAAAUUGCCUUUAAUAGUGUUAGUUUUAGUGUUUUUACGCUUUUACGCUAUUAAGAAGAGCUAAUGGGAUGGCAUCCGUGUGGAGUUAAAAGUACCAGACUUUAAGUUAUCGGGGUAAAUUUCAGUCCGCACUUUUUGAUCGAGGGAAGCGAGUAAAAAUGACUUGAAAGCGGGGUGAAAUCCAACGAAAAUUGGCUUUAGUUCGAGUUAGCUAGCGGGGAGUUCGAGUUAUCUGGGUUCUACUGUAUUUUCUUUUUCGGUUGUUUUAUGUAAAAAAAACUGCAGCCUGUUUUCAACUCCUACGAAACGUACUCCCCUAUCGUAGUUCGGAUUUGUUUGGAACCAAGAUAGUUUCAAGCAAGAGAGGAUAAACCGGUCCUUUCUUAGGCGCAUUUUUGUAACAAGGUAACCCCCGGAGCUCUUGCAGUAAACUCUCAUUUCCGCCUUUAUUUUAAACCCUCUGUCAAAGGUAUGUCUUCUUUGAUUACAUGUUUCGAUUUUCCUUUUUUAUACUUAGGUGUAAAGAUGAUUGCUGUGGUCAAGAUAAGUUGAUUCACGCCAGUUCAAAGCAAGCGUUGAAAGCUGAGUUAAGCGGGCUCAACACUCCUGAAUUCCAAUGUUCAGAACUCUCGGAGUUGUCGUUUUCAGAGAUAACCAAAGAUUUGCAGAAGCGAGACAGGGUGUGA